AUGGGAAAACGAACACGGCGAGGGAAGAGGAAAAUCACCUCGCUGAACGAGCUGUACGAAUUGGAGUAUAGUGACGAACAGAGUGUAGAGGCAAAUAAAGAAAGAGACAAAAAUGGAAAACAAAUUAACUACUUGAUACUUGAGGAGUAUAAAAAACUGAAGGAACUCGAGGAGCCUACUCAAGAAAAGGGAAAAGAAAUAGAUGCAGAGGAAAGGAAAAAUAAAUCAGCCUAUUCAACCUUUUUGCAAAUCUUAAAAAAAAAGGAACAACAGGAAAGGGAAACCAAUGGAGACACCAGUGGUCACAUUAGGAAAAAGCAUUUAAAUGGGAGACUCGCUUUAGCACAUCCAUCCGAAGGGACCACCUCCGAUGAAGAAGAAGCAAACCGGGGAAACUCUCCUAAAAAGGAGGAAGCCAAAGAAGGCACUUCAAACCCUCAGAACAAAGAAUCCAAAAUAAAUGUGCCAAAAAAUGUAGACGACUUGUAUAUGUCCUUUCUAAUAAGAAGUGUAAAAAAUCAGAGGAGCCAACAGAUCGGAAGAAGGAUCUCCCCCAAAUGGGAGACUUCCCAAAGUAAGCAUAAAACAACUGAGGGGAAGAGCCCUGACCAAACGGAUGACCUCUCCAUUAACAGGAGUGAAGCAUAUAGCGAAGAAGCUCCGGAAGGAACCCAGCCGCACCCCAAUUACUGCCCUACCUAUAAAGCCAAAUGCAUUUUUAAAAAUUACAUGAACGAGUCAUACAAAUUGCAUGAAAACAAAAUGGAUUACUUCUUCACCUUUUGCCAAAACGUGGACGAGAAAUUUUUGCAGAAAUUUUGCGCAAAAAAAGGAUGCAAAGUGGGGAAAGGGGAUGGCGCCGAGCGAGGCAGGAAAAGCGAAACCAUCGAGGAGGCCUACGUGACGUCCAACUUGUUUUUGGAAACGAACAUUUUUAGUCGCUCCAGGGAUGAGCGGCAUGCCGGGGGGCGGACUGAGGAGCGCACUAACGACCGCACCGAUAGCCACGUAGAUAGCCGCACCGAUAACCACGUAGAUAAUCGCACCGAUAGCCGCACCGAUAGCCGCGCCGAUAGCCACGUCGACCCCGAGGGCGAACUCUUCUGCGACGUCCAAGUCAAACCGCAUUUUUUCUCCAGCUACCGGGAGAAAAACCACGUGCCCUAUUACCUGCUGAACGUCCUAGACACGACCCCAAAGUGCUUUCUGCACAAAGGGAACCCCUACAACGUGUACGAACCCAUAGUCCAGCGCGCGCAGAAUUACCUCUCCGCCUUUGAGCACCCCCUAGCGUACUUCAACAAGGCUGUUUACAAAUACCUGGAGGAGUACUACGGCGAUGGCCCCGAUCGAGUGGGCGCUCAGCAAAAUGGUGAAAAUUACGAUAAUGAAGGAGACAAGCGUAUUAUCGAAGACUACCUCUAUGCCUCCCCUCUCCACGAUGCAAAGACGAGCGGUCGACCCCAUAAGGACAAAGAAAAAACGCUAAACAUGGUGAAUCUCAUGCAGCAUGACGAACUGAAGAGCUACUUCCACUACAUCAACUCGUACGUCGAUGUCCUGUACUCAAACCAACACGUCCUUAACAGCCAUUUUGUUAGACUCCUAAAUACAGUCCACAUCCUAACCCACUUAAAGAAAAGGAGGAAGAGAAAAAAGUACAUAAAAAAAAAAAUAGAAAAAUUGGAAAAGGAACAACAAGUAGAAAAAGACAACGUGCAAGUGAAGGAAGAACUCUGUGAUGAAAGUUUUGCAAGGCCAAAAAUUUUAAUCCUUUGUGGAUUCAGACAUAUUGCAAAGGAGUACACCGAUUUAAUCAUCCAUAUGUUAACACCCACAGAGGUGAAAAAUAAAAACAGAUUUAUUAACGAAUAUGAUGUAACUGCUGAAGAGAAAAAAUCCAUCAGAGAUAUAUUCCAAAAAAAGAGAAAACCGAUUGAUUAUAUAAAUUUGUACAGAGGAAAUAAUGAUGACUGUUUCAGGCUAGGAAUUAAGUUGCUGGAUGAUGAGAAGAAACUACACCUGUAUAGCCCAUUCUAUGACAGCGAUAUUUUAAUAUCUUCCCCACUUGGAUUGGAUGUCAUCAUUAAGGAGAGCCAUGGAGAGGGAGAGGAUAAUGUCGGGCUGGAAAGUGAGGACUCUUCCGAUCGAGACGAAUGGGGGUAUGAGGAAAAGGAUAUCAUUUUAAUGCAAAAUAUUUUGACGCUAAAAAAUGUGCUAAAUUUUGUGAACAAACCUUUGCUGAGAUGGGGAAGUGCCAACAUAAAUCGAAUCCCCAAGUAUGUGAUAAACGGGUACGUGAAGAACUACAGACAAACGAUAAUUACCGCCAGCAUUCUGGACACAACGUUCAUUUCGCUAAUUCAGGCGGCGACCAAUUACAGGGGCUUCGUGAAACUGUUCAUGAAGGGGGGAGACGUGGAGGGGGAUAGGGAAAAUGGGCAGAUGGGCGAUGAGAAAGAUGGGCAGAUGGGCGAUGAGAAAGAUGGGCAGCUGGGCGAUGAGAAAGAUGGGCAGCUGGGCGAUGAGAAAGGUGGGCAGCUGGGCGAUGAGAAAGGUGGGCAGCUGGGCGAUGAGAAAAAUGGGCAACGGACUGACGGGGGCAGUGGACAGCUCCUCAACGUGGAUGACCCAAGUCUCCCCUGCAAAACGAUCUUGCUAAGCGUAAGAAACCACUUCCACACAAAUCAGUAUUUCAGAAAAAUUGAGUGCUCGCACAUUCUCCAAAUAGAGGAGAGCAUCAUACAGUUUUUCUCCACAAACGUAAUUGACAUCCUCACAAAUAUUAAGCAGCUCCUCAUUUUUUUACCCACCUACAUUGAAUACCUUCGCAUAUACGAAAUUUUAAAAAAAAAUGACAUUUCUUUUAAAGGAGUGAACGAAUAUACAAAUGAAAAAAAAAUUGGAAAAAUUCAAAAGCUGUUUAAAUUUGGAAGAAUAAACAUCUUACUGGUUACUGGUCGUUUGGUAUUUUACGAGAGAUGUACCUUCAGGGGGGCCAACCACGUCAUUUUUUUUUCCCCUCCCAAAUUUCCAUUUAUGUACUAUGAAAUGAUUAAAAAUUUAGUCCCAUCCUCAAAUUCGUCCUCCAUUUGUUAUUAUACAAAAUAUCAUACUUACGAGUUGGAACGUAUCGUGGGGCAAAAACUGGCCAUGCAGUUGAUGCGGGAGAAGCCCGGCAAAAUUACUCUCUUUAAGUGA